GUCGUCUACUUUUAGCCUGCGUCGUCUGCAUUAUGUGUGACAACAUCAAAGUUCCAAGAUAAAAAUAACAAAAAAUAAAAGUCAAAUUUGUGAGUGCAGUUUGUUACUUUUUCCUCGUACCACACAUUAGAUUCUUAUUUAAUUAUUUAUUAAGUUUGGCGUUGAAGAAAAUAAGGCUUGUAUGCGUGUACCGCAGAGUGCAGUGAAAAAAAGGGUUACAGCUUACUGCCGUACAGGUUAUACAAAGAUACUCCGCGAAUGUCGAAGCGCAAAUCGAUACACUCCGCGGGAGGCUUGCCGAGCAGCUCAGCGGCGAAAAACAAUGUUUUCACAACAAAUUUUAACUUUCGGCCAAAUUCCACGCAGGAGGACCGAGGCGGCACACGGCCGAUAGCUGCUCCAAGCUCCGUAAGCCUUGUCCUGGUGACGAUGAUUUUGCACAUCUGCAAGAAGUCCUUGCUUUACGAUCCACGACUCAAGGCUGUCAUAUAUUUCGCGGCGAUAUUUGUAGGCUCCAUCAUAGCGGAUGUUGUGUCAGUACCCAAUACCUAUUUCGCCAAAUCCAACAACUUUUUAAACAGAUUCUUCAUCAAGUGGGCCUGGGGCUGGCUUCUCGCGACUGCUGCGCCCUGGAUAAUUCUCACGGCACACACGAUAGGUUGCGGUAGGCGCUCAAUUCUUAUAAAACACCUCGUUCGGUUGGCCUUUGCCACAGCUGCUUGGAUGCUCUGGAUGAAUAUUUUCCGCUACGUGGAAACCAACUAUGGGCGCUGUUUGGGGACGAGGGAUCGUGGUUUGCAUACAAAAUCCAAGUGUCUCCAAGCUGGACAAUUCUGGAGCAGCAUUGACAUCUCUGGUCAUGCCUUUAUUAUUAUUUACUCUAGCUUAAUUUUGUCAGAAGAAGGCUAUUCUCUGCUUGGGUGGGAAGGUAUCAAGAACUUGAUUAUGAAUGAAGAGUACAAUAGGAAGUCAUCCACAGAAAACACCACAGGAUGUUUGCGAAAUUUGUCAGAUAUAGAUCUAAAUUUUUUGAAAAAAGCUUAUGAAGCUUUGACACCGUACUUAAGAGGAUUAUUCAUUGCCAUGACAAUCCAGCAAGUCAUUUGGGAUGUGAUGCUUGUUGCUACUAUUUUGUAUUAUCACAUUAUGAUUGAAAAGUUUAUGGGUGGUGUUGCAGCUAUUCUGACAUGGUAUGUCAGCUACUAUUGGUUGUUUAGACUACCACUGUUGGGUAUGGUGAUGCCAGGUGAAGGAAUUUUCAAGUAUAAUGAACUUAAAGAAAAGAAUAACAUACCAAAGCCAAAACGUUCUUUAUCAAACAGAGGUCCGACUUUCAUGGGUAUGCCAAUAAAAACCUGCAGGGACGAACUUGAGAAGAAUGACUCAAAAACAAGAGAUGUUGAUACAGAAUUAAUAUAUAGGAGAAAUUGAUGUUUUAAGGGAUAUUUUAGUACAAAAGGGUGUAUAGUAAAAAAAAAUUUACUUCAGAUUUUUGAAAUUGGACAUCAUCUAGUUAUGGAUCAAGGAUAGAUUUAUAUUUAUUAACAGGGUUUUAUUUUGGUGUUGUGAUAUUACCUUUGCUUAAAAAAUUGGAGCUAAGUAAAUUUAUUACAAACAAAGUUUUUAUUUCUGUUGGUGUGUUACAAUUUAUUAGUUGUAAUUGUUAUUAUUUUGUGCAAUUUUUAUCCAUGUGUUAAUCAAUGUCAUUAAUUGUGUCAAAUUUUAUUCAAACUCCAACGGAUUUUUUGUUUGAUGAGCAUUAUGAAAUAUCAACUUUUAGUACUGCUCACAAAAAGUUAUUAAUUUUGAGAUAUCAAGAAGUGUUUACUCUAGGUGUAUUGCACUGACCUACUAAUAGUAAUGUAUGUUUUAUUUUAAAAAUAACGUACACUGCAGCAUUUAUUUGUAGUAACAAAUUCGAUUUGAGGGCAAAAUCGGAUUUCUAAUAAACAAAAUUUGUAUACUUAAAUUUUUUUUUUGUAUACUCUGGUCAUCCAAAUUUUCAGAUAAUGAUAAAAUAAAAUUAGAAGCGAGUCUACAUUGCAAAACAAUUAUCAUUUACUUUAUUUACUAAUCGAUGUAAAUGCCAUUCAUAGUAUUCAUACUAGAGCAUAUGCACCUACUGUAGAUUUCUUGUGUAUUUUUACAAUUAAUUUUGAUGAAGCAUUUGCUUCAUUAAUUACCCCAUGACUGACUGUUACUUGCAGUGUUGAAUACCUAUGUAUAUAAUCGUGUGUAAUCACUGUGUGCUAAAAAUUUAUACUUGUAACAAUUUUACUGUAUAAUAUAUUUAUACAUUGAUCAAUUCGA